AUGGGUUACGACUCGCAUAAUGGGAAUCCGGAAACCAGCUUUGCAACGGUUAUCAAGAAUGUUAUCUUGGAUACUACAGCCCUCAAGCCAGAUCGUCACUUCACUGCCCUCCAAUGGGGAGUUGCGCAGGGGUCGGGAUUGACGAAUGUCAAGAUCCGCAUGCCGACACAUUCCACCGGUCAUAUUGGAAUUGACGUCAUUGCAGGUUCAACCAUUGCUGUUACGGAUGUGCAUAUUACUGGCGGCGCCAUUGGGAUUCAGAAUUCCAACCAGCAGGUUAACUUCAAGAACGUUUAUUUCAAGUCUUGUAGAACAGCCUUCAAGGCCGCAGGUGGCUGGACUGUACUCUUACAGCAGGCCACCUUUGAAAGCUGCGGUACUGGUAUUGAUAUGACCGGGAAUGGCCUGGGUAGUCUGGUACUCCUUGACUCAACUGCUGUCAACAGCGGCCCGGUGAUUAGAUUCCAUGACUCCUCCAACGAUUCUGGAUUCCGGAAUAGCCAGUUCCUCAUCCAAAACCUCAACCAUGAUACCGAGAACGCCAUCGCUGUCGACGCCCAGGGCAAUGUUGCUUUGGCUGCUACCCCUCACGUUGAUACAUGGGUAUGGGGCAAUGUAGUUCCAUAUAACUACCUGACUGGAGUAAGUUGGGAAACAAAACGCUCUUCCGCUUUGCUGGUGGGAGGCAAAUACUUCACCAAGCCACAGCCCACCUACCAAAACCACGACAAGGGCGAUAUUGUCAAUGUAAAGCUUGUGUCUGAGCACUCAGUUAAGGGUGACGGGAAGACCGAUGAUACCAAAGGACUGAACGCAAUUUUGGCUGAGAAUGCUGCUUCGUGCAAGAUUACAUACAUCCCCUUCGGUGUCUAUCGAGUUUCAGACACAAUCUUCGUGCCAGUUGGAACUCGCAUUGUCGGAGAAGCAUGGUCGGUCAUCUCUGGAUAUGGCGCGAAAUUCAAAGACUCAGAUAAUCCAAGACCAAUUAUGCAGCUGGGAAAUCCAGGCGACGUUGGGGUGAUUGAAAUUCAAGAUAUCCGAGUCGCUGUCGGCGAGAUCCUACCAGGUGCUAAGCUCAUCGAAGUCAACGCCGCAGGCAAUGAACCCGGCGAUGUCGGCCUCUGGAACACGAUGGCCAUGGUUGGAGGCACCGCUGACACCAGUGUCGCCACUGGGUGUACAUCACAAGACCCCAAAGACUGCAUGGCCGCUUUCAUGGUGAUGCAUCUGACCGAGACAUCAUCUGCAUAUAUCGAGAACUUCUGGGGCUGGACCGCCGAUCAUAACCUCGAUAGUGACUCCAUCUUCACAAUCAUCUCAACUGGACGUGGUAUUUUGGUCGAGUCUACCAAAGCCACCUGGAUGACUGGUACUGGCUCCGAGCACCACUGGCUAUAUAACUACAACUUCCACAACGCCGAGAACGUAUUCGCAGGGCUGUUGCAGACCGAAACUCCAUAUAUGCAGGGCCAGGGUGAGUACCGAGCAGCACCAGCACCAUGGAAUGCGGUCGCCAAAUACGGGGACCCUGAUUUCUCGUGGUGUGCCGGCGAGGACCAAAAAUGCCGCACGGCGCUAGCCACCAAUGUCGACGGUGGAUCCAACAUCGCGCUGUAUAACUCAGCUGCGUGGGCGUUCUUCGAUGGAUAUUGGAAUGGUCUGUAUAACGAGCCCUGCAACGGGAACUGCCAAACCAAUAUGAUGCGGGUGACGAAUGAUCCUCAUAAUCUCGUUUGGUACUCCAUCAGCACGCGCAUGACGGAUGUCAUGGUGCUCGAUGGGAAGACCAACCCUCGUGAGUUCAAUCAUCCAGGUGGAUGGGAAGCUAUCAUUCAGGUUUAUGGACAGUUUAUUGCUUGA